AUGAUAUCUAUAAAUCGUUCGCUGAUAUAUGAUAGAAUAAAAUCAGGGAUUCCAAACAUAGAAAAUACAUGCUAUCUUAAUUCAUUUUUGCAAAUUCUUGCAAGCAAUAAUGAAUUUUGUGAGAAAAUUCAGCAUACGGAAAAUAGAUUAUUGUCUACUCUAUCAUCACUAUUAUCUAGUAUUAGAAAUCCUGGGUCUGGCAAUAUAAAGCAACUUGUGAGAUUAUUUAUAAACCAGGUUAACGCAGAAUUCCCAAUGGUAAUGUUUACAUAG